UGCCAGGUCUGGUGAAAUUUCACCAGAUCUGGUGAUUUUUAGGUUUUUCUGGUGACUGGUGAAAAACUUUUCCUAAAAUCUUAAAUCUGGUGAUUUUCCAACUUGUGUAAACAUAAAUCGGUUUCCUUAAUCGUAUUUAACAAAAUCGUAGUUAUAUAUUUAAUUACAAGAAUUAUUUUUAUUUUAGAGCGAAUUUGCCCAUUGGCCAUUCCUAUUAUUGUAUUUAAUACAUCACUAAGGUAAUCUUAAUAUAACCGGGGAUUCCCGGGAUUCGCAAACGCUGUACUAUGCAUUAUGCAAAAACGCUGUUCAUGGCUUAGCUUAGCAGGUCGCGUCUCGUCUCUUGUCUCUCGUACUCUCAUUAUUAUAGCUGCAAUUUUUGCAUCGCUUUGUCUGUCUUGUGUUAAAAUAAUUCAACAUUGCACGUGUUAUACAAGAAGGUGUCAAGAUAAGAAAAUUUUUGAAAUGUCAGGAAAAAAAAUCUCCAUCUGACGAUCCUCAACCGUCGACUAGCCAGUCAUCAGGUCAAACAGAAUAGAAGCAAGAUGAAAUCCGUUGUAAGAAAAAUUCUGACGACUCAGAUUCGGAUUGUGAUGUUGUUCCCCUCGUGCUAGAAAGAAGCAAUAUGCCCACAAAUACAAUCUAUCAUGGGAGGAAAUGAACGAAUUCAAAUCUUGGAUUUGUAGUAGUAAUAAGGGUGACAUAUAUUUUUCUUGUAAGGUUUGUGAUAAACAUUUUAUCGGCGGGAUAGCGGCAGUAAAAAAAACAUGCAAAUUCGAAAAAACAUAUGACAAAUAUGUCUGCUUUAAAAAAACAACAUGUACUUUCAUCCACAUCUUUUCAGCUUUCUGAUAGUAGAGUUGUUAAAGAAAAUGAAAUACGAAUUGCAAGUUUUAUUGCGGAGCAUAAUAUUCCAAUAAUGGUAUCAGAUCAUUUAGUAGAACUUAUUAAGACCAUCUGCAAUUCUAAAAUGAAUAAUACGCAAAUUUCGAAAAUGUCAUGCGGAAGAACGAAAUGUACUGCUAUUAUAAACAAUGUAACGGGCAAAAGCAGUUUUGACAUUUUGGUAGAAAAGCUUAGAUGUAACAAAUUUUCUUUAUUGGUGGAUGAAUCUACUGAUAAAUCCGCUAUUAAAAACUUGGCAAUGGUAGUACGUUUCAACGAAUAUUUUACUAUAAAAGAUGAAUUUCUAUCACUUGUUCCUGUUAAAAAUGCAACUGCCGAGGGUUUGUAUAAUGUUAUAGUAGAUUUUUUCAAUGAACAUGUUAUUCCUUACAAACAGAAUUUAGUCGGUUUCGCGGCAGAUAGCGCAAAUGCAAUGAUGGGCAGAAAUCAUUCUCUUAAAACUCUACUAAUAAAAGAUAUUCCGAAUUUAUUUGUAAUUAAGUGUGUUUGCCAUUCUUUUGCUUUGUGUGCGUCAUAUGCCUGCGAAAAAAUACGAAAUUCCGUAGAGAAACUUGUAAGGAACAUUUUUUCGUUCUUGCAAUAUAGUUAUAAAAGGCAACAAGAAUUUCAAAAAUUUCUUACUAUUAAGCCACAUAAGCUCUUGCAACCCUCUCAAACAAGGUGGUUGUCAUUAAAUGCUGUGGUUGUAAAAGUUAUUGAGCAAUUUGACGCUCUAAAGCUGUAUUUUAGAAUAGAAGCAUUUGAAUCUCAAUCUUUGGGAGCAAGUGAGAUCCAUACAGCCCUUUCUGAUCCCACGGCAAAAUUAUACUAAUUUUUUCUGGGAAUAUAUUUUGCUAACGUUUACUAACUUAAAUUUAGAGUUUCAAGCUGAAACCCCAAAAAUUCAUUUACUAUAUGAGAAAAUAACUACCCAAUAUCAACUUUUACUGAGCUAUUAUAUUAAACCGGAGUAUUUAAAAAACACUGAAGUAUCCAAACUACAGUAUAGAAAUCCGGAAAAUUUCUUGCCUUUAGAAUCUAUUUAUUUAGGACCCAAAAUAGUUAGCGCAUUUCAACAAAAUGAGAUAAGUAAUGAGGAAAAAACAACAUUUUUGAUCAAAUGCCUGGAUUUUUACGUUAAAGCAGCUCAUCAAAUUUACCAGAGAUUCCCGUUUAAUAGUAGAGAAAUGAACAUUCUUAAACAGAUUUAAUUUUUGAAUCCAUUAAAUAUUCCAAACGUGGAUAGUAUAGCGUCUGCUGCUAUUAAUUUUCCAAAUGUGGUAAAUGACAUAAAUAGUUUGGAUAGAGAGUUUCGAUUAUUAAAAAAUAGUUCCAUUGACUUCACAAUAGAUUAUUUUGAUUUAUGGAAAAAAAUAUGUUUAUUAAAAAAAGGCGAUGAUACCUAUGAAUAUCCGGAAUUGUCCAAAUUUGUUAAAAUAUUGCUUACUUUACCUCAUAGCAGCGCGUGCGUCGAAAGGGUAUUUAGUACUAUCAAUCUUAAUAAAACAAAAUUGAGAAACAAAUUAGGAGAAGUAACCAUAAGUGGUAUUUUACAUACUAAAAGACUGAUUGAUAAAAACUGCUAUGAUUAUAACAUACCAAAAAUUGUUACAUCAAAACGUAAUGAUAAUAUGUAUACCUAAAUAAAAUAUAUCUUUAUAUACAUUUGAAUAUCUUGUUGGCCUGUUUUCAAUGUUUUUUUUUAAUAGAAUAUUAUUUUUUGUAAUAUUUUUGAGGGAAAAAGAACCUUGCAUAUUGUACUAAAUAAUAAAUAAAUAGAAACAAAAUACUUAAAGUAGUUUUUUUAUUUAUUUAUUUUCGAGUAAAGCGUUUUUAACUUAUAUAAUAAUAAUAUGUACCACUGAAUCAUCUUUAAAAAAAGCGACAAAUAAUUUAAAACAUCUUAAAAACAAUUAUUACUGAUUGAAUAAAAUCUGGUGAAAAAUAAUGUAAAUCUGGCAACUUUUUUGGCUCCGACCUGGUGAUUUUUUAUUUUUUGACUUGGCAACACUGCGGUUUCCAUACAAUUGGCACGACUAAACUUUGUCAGAGUGACCAACAUCGAAAAGACACAAUCAAGCAAAAUGGCGGCCCCCUAGUAGUGGUCAUUUACUUUGCAUUGAAUUGGCAGUCCAGGUAUAUUUAUUAAGUUCGUGGUUUGAGUCCAACAUGUGCACAGGGGCAAGAGGGGUGUUUUGUUUACAUACAUCUUUGCCGAUUCUCUGUUGUCAAGUCCACACAAAUUUCCAACGGAGGAAAUUUUUAGCUAUAUAUUAACAACCAUUAUAAAGUUAAUUUAACUUAUUUAUAUUGUAUUUUACAGGAAAAUUUAAAAUAAAAUGUGUAAAUAGAAUUAGCCUAUUCUAAGAAUUAAUAUAAUAUCCUUAACCAAAAAAAAAACAAAAUUAUUAACAUUCUUAUUCCUAAAACUGUUUCUAAAAAUUUUGAAGCGACAACACCGGAAGCUUAAUUGCCUGAGCGAUACGCGUAGUGUCAUCUGUCAAACGGCUUUUUGUUUAUAUUUGGGACUUGUGUAUUUUCUUUCAUUUUUGGUUUAAAAAGGAAAAAGGUCACAUUUUAGUGUUUUUUUAAAUUGCUAGGAUGGCAAAAACGUGUGUCGUUUGUGCCACAUCAAGAUAAAAAGACGAUUAAAGCCGAUCUUGUCACAAGUAAGUACCGAUUCUUUCAUAACAUCAUAUCAUGGGGCUACCAUGAUCAUAAACGUAGAAUAGAGGGGAUCUUAUAGAAAUAGACCUAAUAAAACCUUAAAUGUGAAAGUGUGCUAAAUACAAAAAUCUUUAUAUUUUUAAAUCUAAAUAUUUUUUUGAAAAUAUUCAUCUAUUAAUAGGCUAUAAAAAAUUUAAAACUAGAGUUUUGUCCAUGGUUUUAUUAACAGGAUUUUAUGUUUCUUUUUGUUGUUUUGGC